ACUUAUGCUCCUACAAAAAGGCCAACAAAAAGAAAAACUAAAUCUCCCAUGAUGCCGUGCGUUUCCUCCGCUAUCUCGCGCCUUUCCAUCUUGUUCCUCCCGAGAGCUCAGAGUCAGCGCCGUAGGUUGUUGUUGUGGCAUGUAAUAAUGGCGGCAGCAGGAGGCGGAUUACCAGCCUCGGCUGCUGUAGCGACCAUAAACACCUCUGCCACAGUUCGCUGCCGUUUCCCAGGUCGGCCAUGGACGUCCCGGAGCCUGCUGAAGACGGAGAAACGCUCUCAUGUCGUUCGGGUGAGGACUGAAGAUGAAAAAGGGCCAAGGCCCGUCGACGUUAGAGCUACUCUGAGAGAGGAUCCGUCACUGUCGCGCUUGCUCGGGCUGGCGGAGAAACACAGGCGCCAGCGCGAGGCGGGAUUCUGCACGAGCGGGAGCGAUGAGGAGGGAGACUUCACAGGCUUUAAAGUGGAUGGUCAAUGUUCCUUGCAUUCUGGACAAAGCUCAUCAAGCAGUCUCCUUAAACUGGCAUCCUCACAGGUGAAGCUGGUGAACCUGGUGAAAGGCAAAAGAUUUUCCAUAACUGACCAAAAAUCUGCAAUGCCCAAAAUGGUUGUUAAAAUGGCAGCCAAAAAAGUGACCAAAAAAGUAAUGGAACGAGUACAAAAGCCAUCUGUGGAUAAAGGUGGACAAUUGAAACAUGGCAGCUCAAGUAAGAGAAAUGGCAGAGUACUCAGGAACCAGAGAGAGGGAACAUGUGUCUCCUCAAAGACAGAAAAUGAUGUAAAUGUGGAUGGGGCUUUUGGAGAGGCGGAGAUCACUAGAAAGACAAAGAAGUGCAGUUCCAGUGCAGUAGACAGACGGACAAAGCAGGGAAAAUUAGUGUGGACUUUAACACUGGUUAAAGGUAAGGAGCGAGCUUCCAGAGUUAAAGACCAAAGAGCUUCAACAGAAUAUGCUAAGACCCACAGGAACAAGACCGAGGGAAUGAUUGGUAGUGAUCAGGCACGUGCUGUAUCUUCAAAACCAAUGGCCAAACAGAGAAGGGGCAGAAAGUCAGACGCAAAUGAGCAUCCUCUUAAUGCAGGAGUGUCCUUUAGUGACAGUUCUUCCCAAAAAAAGCCUGUUGUAAGGCAACGAAGGUUACUGCAACACGAAGUGUGCCACAAAUUACCUGACAGUCAAGGACAGGCCCCUAGCAUGCGAAGAAAGAGACAGCGGCUUGCUCUAAAGAAAGACUCUACACAUGCGCUCCAACUGUUGGAAGGACAGGAACAGACACUUGGAGAGAUUAAGCGAUCCAGCUCUGGAGGCCAAGCUAAACAGCCUAAACACUCAUAUAGACCAGUUGUUAGUGCUCGAUCUUCUCGGGUCAUCAAGGUCCCUAAGAGGUUCAUGGAUGAUGAGCGCAUGUCUGCGCUCCCAGACCGAGGGUCCCCAAAGAAACAAGCUCUUAAUGAGAUCCCAAUGGUUCUCGGUAAACCGAGUGUUGAGCUGCAAAGAUAUGAUUCUGGAAACAAGCUGAAGACCGCACAGGAAACGCUGAUCCUAAACGAUGAGGAAAAAUGUGUUUCGGAAAAGGUGCAAUCUCAGGGCGUCAAACCCAUUUUGAGUUCCUCAAGGCUCUCUGGUGGUCCUCGUGGGAGGGGUGGGAGACUCGGCCAAUCCACGGACCACUCUAAGGUAUACUGGAAGUUGAAGAAGCUCACAGCAUGCCUGGCAAAACGAAGGAUGCAGCGAAUUGCUAGUGCAAGCUCCAAGAUAACAGAGGUCUGUGCUGAGGGAGAGACCCAUGAUGAGGAAAGAAGAAAGUCUGAUCUCAAAUUGCAGGACAUGUAUUCUCCAGGGGUGGUACCAAAAGUAGCCAUUCAUGUUGGGGAACUUUCAGAUCAGACGCCACUUUCAUCUUUGGCGGAAGGUCCUGCUGAAGGGAACGUAGAGACUACCAACCUUGAAGGCACCACUGAAAUGACUGCACAAAAUGCCAAGAUGAUGGUGGAGCAAGGUGGAAACACCCUAAGGAUGAGUAUUUCUGGGGCCAAUAAGAGGAUGUUCCACCUGCUGAAGAGAGCCAGAGUCCAACUGAUCAAGAUUGACCAGCAGAAACAGCUCAAAUCGGCUCAGAAUAAGCUUCUAUCUGGCUCUGUGAGCGUAAGAGACGGAUCAGCAGCAGUCAUGCAGAGAGGCAGAAAGAGAGGGAAGAGAGCAGUACCAGCUAACCUAGAGGGUGCUCCACAGGAGCAAUUGAUUGGUGGUCCGCGUAUAAAGCAUGUGUGUCGAGCAGCAGCAGUGGCACUGGGGAAACCACGCGCCAUGGUUCCCGACGACAUUCCAAGGCUCAGCGCCCUUCCUCUGCAUGAGAGAGAGGGGAUCACUCCUUCACCUGCCGAAGAGGAUGUUGCAUCUCACUCAGAAGCUGAGAGUGAAGAUUCUGUUGAGCCGAAGCCGACAUUUAGACGCAGGUACGAAAGCACAGCUUUUGGCUGUCGGCUACAACGCUGCAUGCGCUGCAAGGGCUGCAGUCGGAUGGAGGACUGCGGGAGGUGUGUUUUCUGUCUGGACAAGCCCAAAUUUGGAGGACCCAACAAGAAACGACAGAGCUGUGUCCUAAAGAAGUGUUUGCUGAUCGAGCGGAACAAAAUGAGACGAUUUAAUAAAGUCCAGAUGAAGCGGCGCCGGCCAUCAGCAGCCGCUGGCAUGAACAGCAGCAAAGAAGAAAACGAGGACGAAGGGGGAGAUGAUGGAGGACGGGCCCAGUUCAGUCCCACCAGGAGGCAGCCCAGGCGACAAGUCACUCCUCAGUCCUACAGAAAACUGCUGGGGUAUGACUCCUCUGACACAGAGAGUGUCAGCUCUGAAAAGACAAAGGCCAGUGCGACCCAAAAGACUCAAUCCAGUGAAAUGUCUGCUUCUGUAACUGCUCCAGAAGAGGCAACAAAGCAGAAACGGCAAGGGCUUUACAGAGCAUUUUGGGCCCAACGCAGAAAUUAUAAGAGUUCGGGGGAGCACACGCCAUCCAGUGUCCUGACUCAACUGAUUAAUGGCUGCACUCAGAGGGGCAAGCUGUCACAAGGGACGAUGAACAAGAUUCGUGUGGACUUCAAGGAAGACUGUCACAUCCAAAACGUGUGGUUGAUGGGAGGAUUGAGUAUUCUCACUUCAGUUCCCAUCAUGCCCCAAUUUGUGUGUCUGCUCUGCGCCAGCAAAGGCCAGCAUGAUAUGAUCUACUGUCAGAUGUGCUGUGAGCCUUUUCAUCUUUUCUGCCUGCCACCGGACGACCGUCCUAAGGAGGAGAACAAGGAGAACUGGUGCUGCAGACGCUGCAAGUUCUGCCAUGUUUGUGGCCGCAAAAGCAAGCAAGCAAAGCCAGUUUUGCAGUGCAAGAGAUGCAUGUACUGCUACCAUCCAUCCUGUUUGGGACCCAGAUAUCCCAAACCUGUCAAAAUGAACACUUCAUGGAUAUGUAUGCUGUGUAUUAGGUGUAAGAGCUGUGGUGUGACUCCGGGGAAUUCCUCAGAUAUAUCCUGGAACCAUGAGCUGGACCUCUGCCCUGACUGUAGCAAAUUCCAUAGCAAAGGGAACUUUUGCACUGUGUGUCUGAAGUGCUUCGAAGAACAUGAGUUUGACAGCAGCAUGAUGCAGUGUGCCCGAUGUGCCCACUGGGUCCACCCCAAAUGUGAGGGGCUCACAGAUGAUUUGUAUGAGAUCCUGUGUCGUCUGCGGGGGGAAAGUCUGGUGUUCUCCUGUGCUCCCUGCAGUAAGAGAUUCCGCAGCGGUUGGCAGGAUGUUGUUCAGGAAGUUUUGAGGAACGGUCUGGAGAAAAUCAUGAAUGGAUUGAAGAGCUCUCCGACCAUCUGCCACCUCUUCAUGUGUGCACAGUGUGAGGUUUGUCCAGAUUUUGAGGUUGUAAAGGAACGGUCAAGCUGUUGUCUACAUCCUGUAGAGAAGAAGCUGGAGAAUGGCCUGUACACUUCACUGAAAGCAUUUCAUGAAGAUGUGGUGGCAGUGAUGGUGGAAAGGCUGAGAAAAGAAGAACAUCUAGAGGAGCAAAGGCCAACCGGCCAAGCCAAAUUGUAUUAUAUAAAGCUAAUAGAUCAAGUAUUUAGCUGGUUCAACAGUCAGGACCCCAAAACUUGGAACUCUCAUAUGCAAGAAUUUCCAAGCGGUAUGCUCCCCGAGGCUAUAAUUCCCCCCAGCGAUGAACACAGUUAUGCACAGUGGCUCAAAGAGCAGGAUCCAGAAAACCCUCAAUCGAAAUCUCAAGAUCUGCAGAAUGUGAACUCUCAAUCUUUCUCGGAUGAAAGACAGUGCUCCCUCUGCCAGAAACAUGGAGACGCCGAACCGAAUGAUGCUGGUAGGCUGCUGUAUAUUGGACAGAACGAAUGGGCUCAUGUGAACUGCUGCAUGUGGUCAGCGGAGGUGCAGGAUGUCAAAGGAGCUUUGCUGCAUGUCCACAGUGCCGUCGCCAGGGGGCGCUUCAUGCGCUGUGAGCGUUGUAGCCAGACGGGGGCAACUGUGGGCUGCUGCCUUACCUCAUGUCAGAGUAACUACCACUUCAUGUGUGCUCGUGCCAGCAGCUGUGUCUUCCAGUGUGAUAAGAAAGUCUACUGUAACAAACACCGUGACCUCAUAAACAACAAGAUUGAACAAAGCAGUGGUUUUGAAGUUCUCAGAAGGGUCUACGUGGAUUUUGAUGGAAUCAGUCUGCGUAGGAAGUUUCUAACAGGCUUGGAGCCAGAGUCUGUAAAUGUGAUGAUUGGGUCUCUACAUGUACAAAAACUUGGUGUUCUGACAGAGCUGUCUGCAAAUUCUGGAAAAUUGUAUCCAGUUGGUUACCAAUGUUCUAGAUGGUAUUGGAGCACUGCUUGA